AUGGCGCCCCUCCGGCUCGCCGCUCUUAUCGCCCUCACCUUCGUGACCACUUCGCUAGCUACCGACUGCGUUGAUCUUAUAUCUGCCUGCGCAAAUCUUCAAUCAAUCUGCAUUGGAAGCAUUUUGGAAUAUCACUUCAACGUUAUCGAUGAUUUGUCGACCCAAGUGAACAGUUCUUCGAUCCCGGCGUUGGAGAGUUCGUUGCCACUUCUAGAAUCGGAUCUUCCUCUGGUGUUGGCAGCCAAUGAUGGAUCAUCAACUACAGUCUCAGAUCGAUCAACUGAAGAAGCAUCAGCAGCAGGUUCUACAACUGAAGAUCCGUUAAAGGUACUAAAGGCAGCAAGCUUUUUUUUUUGAAAACUAAUUUAGCUCUGCUCCAUUUGUGAUAAAUGUAUCUGACGUUCGAAAAAUGCGAACCAAACGUGGUUUCUCUUUGUUAGUUGUGACGCGUGAGUGACCGGGUUUUAUGCAAACAUGGUUCCGUUCCAGCGGAAAUACAGAUUUAUGAAAGAGACCCCGGAACUUCACAAACUUAAAUACAAUUUUUCACCGUUUCAGAGUGCUCUUCCCCUUCUCAAAGAAUCGCUACCCCUCAUCCGUGAAUCCCUUCCACUCAUCAGAGAAUCUCUCCCUUUGAUCAGACAAUAUCUGGAUCCACUGGUCGGAAAGCCCGAUUGCCAGCGUAAAGCGACGUGCAGAAGUGAGUUUCAAAACUUUUGCGACAAACAAAAUUUGCAUAGAUUUACUUUAGGCUGCAAGGAAUGCCCGAAACUACGUGACUCCAUUAUUAGCUUCGUUCAAUCAUUGUGCCCAAACACUUGCAAAGUUUGCACGACAGCUGGUUCGAACAAACACUUGUCAAAAAUCUGAAACAAUAAUUUCUAACGUUUUUCAGAGAACGCUAACACCACUGCAACUGGAAUCAGCGCAUUCUUCGGUUGA